AUGCUGGACAUGAGCGAGGCCCGCGCCCAGCCGCCCUGCAGCCCGUCUGGCACUGCCAGCUCCAUGUCGCACGUGGAGGACUCGGACUCGGAUGCGCCGCCCUCGCCCGCAGGUUCCGAGGGUCUGGGCCGCGCGGCGGGCGCCGUGGGCGGCGGCCGGGGCGACGCGGCCGAGGCGGCGGAUGAGCGCUUCCCCGCCUGCAUCCGCGACGCCGUGUCGCAGGUGCUCAAGGGCUACGACUGGAGCCUGGUGCCCAUGCCCGUGCGCGGCGGCGGCGGCGGCGCGCUCAAGGCGAAGCCGCACGUGAAGCGGCCCAUGAACGCCUUCAUGGUGUGGGCGCAGGCGGCGCGCCGCAAGCUGGCGGAUCAGUACCCGCACCUGCACAACGCCGAGCUCAGCAAGACGCUGGGCAAGCUGUGGCGCCUGCUGAGUGAGACUGAGAAGCGUCCCUUCGUGGAGGAGGCGGAGCGGCUGCGCGUCCAACACAAGAAGGACCACCCCGAUUACAAGUACCAGCCGCGCCGCAGGAAGAGCGUGAAGACCGGCCAGAGCGACUCAGACUCGGGCGCCGAGCUGGGCCACCACCCGGGUGGCGUGUACAAGACCGACGCCGGCCUGGGGGACGCGCACCACCACGGUGACCACACAGGGCAGACCCACGGGCCGCCCACCCCGCCCACCACCCCCAAGACUGACCUGCACCACGGGGGCAAGCAGGAGCUGAAGCUGGAAGGCCGCCGCCUGGUGGACAGCGGGCGUCAGAACAUCGACUUCAGCAACGUGGACAUCUCCGAGCUGAGCAGCGAGGUCAUCGGGAACAUGGACACCUUCGAUGUCCACGAGUUCGACCAGUACCUGCCCCUCAACGGCCACUCGGCCCUGCCCGCCGAGCCUGGCCAGCCCGCGGCGGCCGGCUCCUACGGGAGCGCAUCCUACUCGCACUCCGGGGCGGCCGGCAUGGGGGCGUCCCCCGUGUGGGCUCACAAGGGCGCGCCGUCGGCCUCCGCGUCGCCCACCGAGGCGGGUCCCCCGCGGCCGCACAUCAAGACGGAGCAGCUGAGCCCCGGGCACUACGGCGACCAGUCACACGGCUCCCCGGGCCACACCGACUAUGGCUCCUACAGUGCGCAGGCCAGCGUCACCACCGCCGCCCCCGCCGCGGCCGCCAGCUCCUUCACCAGCUCGCAGUGUGACUACACCGACCUGCAGGCGCCCAGCUACUAUGGCCCGUUCCCCGGCUACCCGUCCGGCCUCUACCAGUACCCCUACUUCCACUCACCCCGCCGGCCCUACGCCUCGCCCCUGCUCGGGGGCCUGUCUGUGCCGCCUGCCCACAGCCCCCCCAGUAACUGGGAGCAGCCGGUGUACACCACCCUGACCAGACCCUGA